CGGUGACCCAGAUCACCAAACCGGGAGGAGCGCCUGCUGAGGAUAAAAUCACUGAUGAUGAUGAAAACUAGAAACUGGUGUUUCCAGAUUCCUUACAUACAUUUGUUUCUCCUAUUGGUGUGACACAGAGGUGAGAGAGAGACCCAGUGUUUGUGUUACAGAGACAGAGAGAGAGAGAGAGGAAGGAAGAGGGAGGGGAUUGAAAGAGGAAAGUGGAGUUUAGUUUUUCUCAGCAUCUGGAUAUCUUGGCUGGACACGCGGGGAGAGGAGAAGAGGAAUUUAGAUGUGCGGGAACUUAAUUGGAAGCACACACGAAGAAGAAGAAGAAGAGGAGGAGGAGGACACAAGGAGGAGAAAGUUAUUUUUCUAACGGGACAGGAGGAAGACUGAGCCGCAGGAAUGUUACCGGUGAUCCUCACGGUUUACCUCAAUGACACCCAGCAGAUGCUAACUGAGGUCCCAGUUACUCCGGCUACUAGAGUGAUUGACGUGGUCGAGUACUGCAAAGAAGCCGGCGAGGGGGAGUGUCACCUAGCUGAAGUAUGGAAUGGACAUGAGCGAGUUCUCCCUCUAGAGUUGUUAUUGUUGGAUCUCCUCCAGCAGUGGGGAUCCAGGAGGCCGGAGGUCAGCUUCUAUCUCAGACACUGCCCCUCCUGGACACAAGGAAGUCAGCAGCCUUUGGAGCAAAGCUGGACCACAGAAGCAACAGAGAGUGCUAAUGACAGGGUUCCCCGUGUAGAGCUGACCCUCUCUGAGCUCCAGGAAAUGGCCACAAGACAACAGCAACAAAUAGAGGCCCAGCAACAGAUGUUGGUCGCCAAGGAACAGAGACUGAGGUAUCUUCACCAAGGAGGCAGAUCUAACCAGGGACAGACACAGUCUGAAGCUGAGAAGCUGCAGCGGCUGAAGGAGCGAGUGGACACUCAGGAAGCCAAGCUGAAGAAGAUCCGAGCCAUGAGAGGACAAGUCGACUACAGUAAACUCAUCAACGGAAACCUCUCUGCAGAGAUUGACCAUGUCAGCAGCCUGUUUCAGGAGAAGCAGGCAGAGCUGCAGUCCGCUGUGGUCCGAGUCGACCAGUUGACGCAGCAGUUGGAGGAUUUAAGGCGAGGACGCCUUCAGCUGCACUCAGCUCAGGGGGCACCCACUGGCUCCCAGGGUGCACCCACUGGCCAGAAAGGAUCGCCCCUGUCUGGUCCUGCAGCCCUGGAACUAAGGAAACUCUACCAGGAGCUGCAGGCUCGUAACCGUCAUAACCUGGAGCAGAGCAGCAAGUUGGCCCAGAACAAGGAGCUCCUGAACAAGAGGAACGCCCAGGUGACGGUGAUGGAUCAACGCAUCGGAGACCUGAGAGAACGGCUGCAUAAGAAGAGAGCAGAAUUGAGUCGUAUGAACGGAGGAGGCCUAUCUUCACCUCAGACCACUUCGCAUCCAAGCGGUGGAGUUUCAGGUCGAGUAGCGGCUGUCUGUCCUUACAUCCAGGUUCCAGCGGAGGGCAGACAGGAGGCAGGGUACCCCCUGCCAGCUGACCCACCGCCCAAACCGACGCCGCUCAGCCACAUCCGUUCCCUCUCAGAGGAGGACAGGAGUGGCGUCAGGAAGACCCCCAGCCAAUGGAAAGUGUCAGAUUUAGACAUCGUCCUGUCAGAGCCCACUGACUCGUGGGAGGGACCUCGGUCCCCAAAGGGGGGCAACAGUAACAACACUAAUGAAGCGUCAUGGCCUAACCUCAGUAAGAGUGUGUCGGAUUGGAGGAGCAACAGUCCAGAACAGCAUCCCUCCGGUUAUGGUACCUACCCCAGUGCCACCCACCAAACGGCAGCGCAUCACUCUGCCACCAGCUCGCUGCCCCGCUCUGCACCUGGUACACUGGGCUGGCCUCGAUCCAAUGCUGCAAAUACCACCUCAUCCUCUACAUCAUCUUCCUCCUCACAACAAAUACAGCAGCGGAUCUCUGUCCCACCAAAUUCGAGCCAAGGCCCUGCCACCACCUCCCAGCCUUCUCCCUUGUCCCCACAAACAGAGCGAACAGACCCCCCACCAGCGGUUGCCGUUCGUCCCUACGUCCCAGACCACCCCUCCAGGCCUCAGUCCCCCAGGAAGGGCCCUGCCACCAUGAACAGCAGCUCCAUCUACAGCAUGUACCUCCAGCACCCUCAGACUAAAAACUACGGAUCUCUCAGCAACAGGACAACUGUCAAAGCAGUCUACGGCAAACCCAUCCUCCCCACCUCCUCCACCUCUCCAUCCCCUGUCCCUUUUCUCCAGGGGGGAGGAGGAGGAGUAAGAGCAGGAGGAGAGGAUGUUACAGAUAAAGAAGUAGGGAAAGGUGGAGGCGAGAGCAGUGAUGGGCAAAUUCUCCCUCCACCCAGCGUUGACAACAUCCCUCGUCCCCUCAGUCCCACUAAGCUCACCCCAGUUGCUCACUCCCAGCUACGUUACCAGAGUGAUGCUGACCUGGAGGUUCUCCGCAGACGCCUCAGCAAUGCUCCACGACCCCUGAAGAAACGGAGCUCAAUUACUGAGCCUGAGGGCCCACAGGGGCCAAACAUCCAAAAGUUACUGUACCAGAGGUUCAACACGCUGGCGGGAGGCAUGGAAGGAGGCUCAGGCAAUACUUUCUACCAGCCUGAAUGCAUUUUGGGCGACAUGGACAACAUCCAUUCAGCAAAUGGGAAUGUUGAACCUGGUGACAAGCAUGCCAGUACGACAACUGUGGAGGGCGAAGUUAAAAACCCGAACUCAGGCUCCCGUCGCUUGUCCCCACCUUCUGUGGCCAUAGAAACACCCAAAGAGACGACAGCAAAAGCAGAAACUACCAAAAACGUGUCUCCACCAACCCAACCCAGCCCAUCCCCUGCGGCUGAUCGGCCAGAGGACCAGAACAACAACAACCACAGAGGAUCUAGUCCCGCACAAAACUCUGUAGGCCACGCUUCCCCUUCUCCUUCACCUCCUGCCCCACCUUCACUGCCUAAGGUGAAGCGAACCAACCUGAAGAAGCCUUCAUCAGAGCGAACAGGCCACGGCCUGAGAGUCAAGUUCAACCCUCUUGCUCUGCUGCUAGAUGCAUCUUUAGAAGGAGAGUUUGAUCUGGUGCAGAGGAUUAUAUACGAGGUGGAAAAUCCCAGUAUGCCUAAUGAUGAAGGUAUAACUCCUCUCCAUAAUGCUGUGUGCGCUGGCCAUCACCACAUUGUUAAGUUCCUGCUGGACUUUGGAGUCAAUGUAAACGCUGCUGACAGUGACGGAUGGACUCCUCUGCACUGCGCAGCAUCAUGUAACAGUGUCCACCUCUGUAAGAUGCUGGUGGAGUCUGGGGCCGCCAUUUUCGCCACAACUAUUAGUGACGUCGAAACAGCGGCGGACAAAUGUGAAGAAAUGGAGGAGGGCUAUACACAGUGUUCUCAGUUCCUCUAUGGUGUACAAGAAAAGUUGGGUGUGAUGAACAAAGGCUUGGUCUAUGCUCUCUGGGACUACACGGCCCAGCAGUCCGAUGAGCUGUCCUUCAGCGAGGGUGACGGCCUCACCGUGUUGCGUCGGCGUGACGACACUGAGACAGAGUGGUGGUGGGCACGGCUUAAUGACCGUGAGGGAUACGUACCCAGAAAUCUACUGGGGCUGUAUCCGAGGAUCAAACCCAGACAACGCUCACUGGCAUGAAGCCCAGAUCAGGAGCCACGUGCACGCUCACAGAGGGCGCAUGCACACACAGAAGAAGAAGAAGAAGAAGAGGAGCAGCAGCAUGUGGGCAGAAGCAUUAGCCACGAGAAAAAAACAAAGUAUGGAGGUAGUCUGGAGGCUAACUGAGGGACGAACAGAGCGAAACAAAGAUGAAGAACACAACUCUGAUGAUGCAACCUAUUUUUCUCGUUUGUUUGGAUGUAAUGCUGGAAUCACAGAGCAACUUUACGGCAGAAUCAUAACAUAUUUUCACUGAGUUUCUGCAGUUAAAAGAAAAUGCCUGAAUCUUAUUUUGAGCAACAGUAGCUUGGCAACUUCACACGAGUUCAGCCGCAUGAGAGAAGCUGACCAGAAAAAGGAAAAAAAAAUCAUUUGGAUGCAGCUUUGAGUUCUUCAAACUCACAACACAACAUGAAAGCAUGAGCUUAGAGCUCUAUCUGACAUUUACCCAAAUAACCUCAAACUUUGAAUGACACUUUAUUUUUGUAUGGUGUUAAUAAAAAAACAAAACAAAACAAACACCACACUUCAUAAAUCCAAGCUUAUCAACAGUCACUGGCAAUGAACAUAGUAUGUUGUCUGAUCACACCUUCACAGUGUGUGGCGUGAGGAUUUUAAUACGGUAAAUUUACAGGCUGGAUCGGGUGAAAGUACGUGUGAGACGUGAAGCUGGAGAGAGGAAAGUGAGAAGAGAGAACAGAUAGUGUAACUCUGAAUGUCUGUUAAAGGAAGUCAAGAUUUUGUCGGGACUGGGACGGAGCAGCUAUUAGCAGUGUUAGUCAGGAAUAAGUGCAAUCACAAGACUCAGAAGCAGAAUCCAGCGAGCUUUUGAUGCAUGAUGGCUGAGAUCCACGUCAACUCACAUGAGAAACAGAUGUUAACAAUAUAAUUUUAUGGCAUGGUGGGGGAAAAAAAAAAAGAUAUCAGGACGAGUUUGAACUGAUAUCAGAAGAAUGUUUUUUGUUUUUUAACUCACAAAAUGAUAUAAGAAACAUCUGUGAAUCGUUACGGAUGUCUCAACCUUUUAAUAUUCUGUUUAUGUUGACUCAGCACUGGUGCAUGCUGUCAUAUUAGCCUCUGUUCAACUGCAAAAUGGUUGCUGCCCGGUGAGACGGAAAGAAAAGGAGAACAAGAAUGUGAGAAGUGAACUUGUGAAACCAGAGCACCUAAAAGUUAGGUUAGAGGUGAAGAAGGAGAAGGAGGAAUUAGAGUGACAAUAUUGUCUUCAUUUGAAAUAAAACGUCAAACGUCAGCCAAUCUCUAACCGUUAAAACUUAAUGCCUAGUCCAGAUUAAGGCCUGGCACAUGUUGGUCCUCAUACUGGGGCGAUGCUGGUUCCCAGACUCAAAAACUAACAAUACGAUAAAGCAGUAUUUCCCAAACUCAGUGUUUUAGGAUUUAAUAUUCAUCAGUCCUGAAUAUAUCACGUCAAAGCUCCCAUGACUACUCUUUGUUGUCUUUAAAGUCAAGACAGAAAUUGUUAUAGCAAACCCAGCCUCACUUGAAUAUAUCAGUGUACACAAACCCUGGGCUAAAGUUGCUUUAGUGUUAAAAUGGGGCCUCAGUGACUCAAGACUUUUAAGUGUGAGAACAACUUUCUUUAAGUGUCAGUUUUUUUCUUCAUAUUUACAUAUUUCAGUAGUUGUACGACAUAUAUUGUUAUCCUGGUUUGUUGUUUUAUUUAAAACAAAGCUUUGAACAUUGUUUUUUUUAUUAUUAUCAUUAUUGUUAUUAUUGUUAGACACAUUGCUCUUGUUUCUUAAUCUGUCAGUGCAGGUUCUACUCACUGCUGCCACCCAGUGUACAGGAAGGGUUUGGCACAAGAACAGCGUCAUGUUCUUGAACAUGCUGUGUAAAAUAUGAAGCAAUAAGUUGAGUUAUGUUUGAUGUGAGAAUGGCACAUUGGUCUGAGGAGUGCGAACCAUUUCUUUGUGUAUAUGCAACCUGUAACUAGACAGCUAAUGUACAAUAAUAAUAAAGAAGUUAUAAUCCAU